AUGCCCUCUCUGCAACUCUCUCUGAGUAUCUCUCCACUCACUGACCCUACUCUCUCUCCUCAACCCAAACCUCAAUCUCUCUUGCUCGUGCCACACACCCCUCUAAGACCCAAACACCUCCUGUGUUGUCUCUUUGCCACUGCAAAAAAUGCGAUUAUCGUUGAAGACCAAAACGCCGUCGUUAAUGGAAGAGUGGGAGCCGAUACCGGUGUUCCGGCGGAGGAAGACUUAUUAUUGCCGGCGGGGCUCCAGAAAGAGUUCAUGCCGAAGCACGUGGCGGUAAUAAUGGAUGGAAACAGAAGGUGGGCCCGGAUGAGAGGCUUACCAGUCGUGUUGGGUUAUGAAGCGGGUAUUAGGGCAUUGAGAAGGGUUAUGGGUCUGUGUUGCAAGUGGGGGAUUAUUAGGGUUCUUACUGUAUUUGCAUUUUCAUCAGAUAACUGGUUUCGACCAAAAGUGGAAGUUGAUUUCUUGAUGCGCUUGUUUGGAAGAGGAUUGAAAGAUGAGCUCGAGAACUUUGUCAGGUAA